UGAGGCAGGUUGCUGGGCGGGUCUCCUCGGCUGCAGAAGGCCGUUUUGCAUCGCUUUCCGCCUUCCCUCCGGGAGUUUCUGUGGCCACUGGCCCGCCUCUCCCCUCCCUCCAGCUUCCAAGGUAGGACAGCCUUGCGCAAGCCGCCCGCCGGCAGUUUGCAAAACUUCCCCUCCGACGACUGCCGCUUGGCUUGCCCUUCAGCUCCUGCCGUUGUCCCGAUGGCUUCGGAGGAGCAGCAGCUACAGAGGAAGCGAGCCCCGAAGCAGCCGCCUCCGGGGGGCUCCGUCGCCCCCGACCCCGCGCUGAAGCCCUUCGAGAGAAACCUGCUGCGGAACCCCAACCCCGAAGGUGUGAAUAUUUCUGAGCCUGCGCCCCCCCUGACGCUGCCCAGGGCAGCUUGGAAUCCCCUGGACCCCAAAGGUAUUUUCAAAGGCUGGCAAGUCAGCAUCGAGCCCUUGGAGGCAGACAAGGCAGAGGUCACCCCAAAGUCCGUCUUGCCACGCUAUAGCUGGUGCGUUAAGCAGCAAUACAUAGACUUGGUGGCCGAAGGAUUUUGGGAGGAGCUGCUGGAUUCAUACCAGCCAAACUUCACCGUCAUGGACUGGUACGAAAACAGCAAACUGGCCGACUCUGUCUAUGAACUCCACGUCCGGCUCCUGGGAGCAGACAGAGCCACGGUGAUGGGUGAAUUUCACCACGUGGCGCACGAGGGCGAGCAGGACGGGCAGGAAAACAAGAACUGGCAUCACGUCUCCCACGUAUUCCAGCGCUACGGAGCAGGACUGCGCUACGUCCACUUCCUCCACAAGGCCAAAGAGGUUGAGACGCCGGCUGGAUUCCUCCGGACGAGAGUGACGGACAGCAGCGUCUCUGCCCAGCUGCGGGACUGAUGGCGUUUGGGGGAGCAGUGGAGUCGUCAGGCAUUGUGUGGGGCAUCAAAGGGGGGGUUCAGGGGGUUCCCUGAGCUGCCCAGAUCCUAUAGGAAGACCAACCCACGAAUGACGUUUUCUUGCAUAUUGAUUAAAAGCAGAUGUGAAACUACAAA